AUGGCAUUUAAGUUGGUGCAAAAUUUUACAUCAGAACUCGAAGAUAAAUCUUCACCAGAGUUCAAGAAAUUAGAAACCAAAGUAGCCAACCAGCUCAACCAGGUUUAUUCAGAAAAGUUUGGAGAUAGUUUCAAUCGGACCGUCAUCAACAGCUUCAAGCCGGGAUCCGUUGUGGCAGAUGUUGACCUGAUAUUCAAUGAGGCGAAUACACUGCCAAAUGCCAGUGCGGCUGCUGAUACGUUGAAGACUGCUGCUUCCAGUGGAAACUUUUCCCUGAGUGUCGACAAAACAUCUAUUACUGCAAGUGUAACCAUGACGUCACCACCAAUAAAUGCAACCUCACCACCAACCAACAUGACAUCACCACCACUUAGCACAACUUCACCACCAAUCAACAUGACCUCACCACAACUCAACGCAACUUCACCACCAGUCAACAUGACCUCACCACAACUCAACGCAACUUCACCACCAGUCAACAUGACCUCCCCACCACUCAACCUGACCUCACCACAACUCAACGCAACUUCACCACCAGUCAACAUGACCUCCCCACCACUCAACUUAACUUCACCACCAGUCUUCAUUACUUCAGUACCACUCAAGCCAACUUCACCACUAGUCAACAUGACAUCAACAUCAGUCAUCACAAGCUCUCCACCAGUAAAUGGAACAUCUGCAACAUCAGCCCCAUCAAGUAUCACAACUACAGGUGCUCCAGCUCCAACUACAACUCCUGCACCACCACCAGAGCCUAAAAUUAAGCUGGGAUUUAAGUUGGUGCAAAACUUUACAUCAGAACUCAAAAACAAAUCUUCACCAGAGUUCAAGAAAUUAGAAAACAAAGUAGCCGACCAGCUCAACCAGGUUUAUUCAGAAAAGUUUGGAGAUAGUUUCAAUCGGACCGUCAUCAACAGCUUCAAGCCGGGAUCCGUUGUGGCAGAUGUUGACCUGAUAUUCAAUGAGGCGAAUACACUGCCAAAUGCCAGUGCGGCUGCUGAUACGUUGAAGACUGCUGCUUCCAGCGGAAACUUUUCCCUGAGUGUCGACAAAACAUCUAUUACUGCAAGUGUAACCAUGACGUCACCACCACUAAAUGCAACCUCACCACCAACCAACAUGACAUCACCACCACUUAGCACAACUUCACCACCAAUCAACAUGACCUCACCACCACUUAGUGCAACUUCACCACCAGUCAACAUGACCUCACCACAACUCAACCCAACUUCACCACCAGUCAACAUGACCUCCCCACCACUCAACCUGACCUCACCACAACUCAAUGCAACUUCACCACCAGUCAACAUGACCUCCCCACCACUCAACUUAACUUCACCACCAGUCUUCAUUACUUCAGUACCACUCAAGCCAACUUCACCACUAGUCAACAUGACAUCAACAUCAGUCAUCACAAGCUCUCCACCAGUAAAUGGAACAUCUGCAACAUCAGCCCCAUCAAGUAUCACAACUACAGGUGCUCCAGCUCCAACUACAACUCCUGCACCACCACCAGAGCCUAAAAUUAAGCUGGGAUUUAAGUUGGUGCAAAACUUUACAUCAGAACUCAAAAACAAAUCUUCACCAGAGUUCAAGAAAUUAGAAAACAAAGUAGCCAACCAGCUCAACCAGGUUUAUUCAGAAAAGUUUGGAGAUAGUUUCAAUCGGACCGUCAUCAACAGCUUCAAUCGACAUGACCUCAGCACCACUGAACACGUCACAACCAGCCAACAUGACAACACCACCACUCAAUGCAACUUCAUCACCAGCCAACAUAACCUCACCACCAUUCAAUGCAACUACACCACCAGUCAACAUGACCUCACCACCACUCAAUGCAACUGCACCACCAGCAAACUUGACCUCACCACCACUCAAUGCAACUUCACCACCAGUCAACAUGACCUCACCAGCAGCCAAUGUGACCUCACCACCACUCAAUGCGACUUCACCACCAGUCAACAUUACAUCACCAGCAGUAAAUAUGACCUCACCACCACUCAAUGCGACUUCACCACCAGUAAACGUUACAUCACCACCACUAAAUGCAACUUCAGCACCAGUCAACAUAACCUCACCACCACUCAAUGCAACUUCACCGCCAGCCAACAUAACCUCACCACCACUCAACGCAACUUCACCACCAGCCAACAUGACCUCACCGACAGCCAAUGUGACCUCACCACCACUCAAUGUGACUUCACCACCAGCCAAUGUGACCUCACCACCAGUCAACGUUACAACAUCACCAGCAGUGAACACAAGCUCUUCACCUGUAACAACAACUCCACCAACAAUCACAACUGUUGCUCCAACCACAACAAUUGCCCCAACUCAAGAGCCAAAAAUCAAACUGGGAUUCAACUCAACAACGUGUACUCAGAAAAAUAUGGAGACAGCUUCAAUCGAACUGUCAUCAAGGGCUUCAGUUGUGACGACACCAACUGCAACCACAGCUGCACCUACAACACCGUUGAAUACAACUUCCACCCCAGUCAACAUGACCUCACCACCACUCAAUGCAACUUCACCACCAGCCAACAUGACUUCACCGCCACUCAAUGCAACUUCACCACCAGUCAACAUGACCUCACCACCACUCAAUGCAACGUCACCACCAGCCAACAUGACCUCACCACCACUCAAUGCAACUUCACCACCACUCAAUGCAACGUCACCACCAGCCAACAUGACCUCACCACCACUCAAUUGAACACAAGCUCUUCACCUGUAACAACAACUCCACCAACAAUCACAACUGUUGCUCCAAUCACAACAGUUGCCCCAACUCAAGAGCCAAAAAUCAAACUGGGAUUCAAGUUGCAGAAAAAUUUCACACAACAACUUACAAAUGCGUCCUCACCAGAGUUCAAGGAAUUAGAAAACACAGUGACCACAGAGCUCAACAAGGUGUACUCAGAUAAAUAUGGAGACACCUUCAAUCGAACUGUCAUCAAGGGCUUCAGUUGUGACGACACCAACUGCAACCACAGCUGCACCUACAACACCGUUGAAUACAACUUCCACCCCAGCCAAUGUGACCUCACCACCAGCCAAUGUGACCUCACCACCAGUCAACGUUACAUCACCUGCAGUGAACACACGCUCUUCACCUGUAACAACAACACCAACAAUCAGAACUGUUGCUCCAACUACAACAGUUGCCCCAACUCAAGAGCCAACAAUCAAACUGGGAUUCAACUCAACAAGGUGUAUUCGGAAAAAUAUGGAGACACCUUCAAUCGAACUGUCAUCAAGGGCUUCAGUUGUGAUGACAUCAACUGCAACCACAGCUGCACCUACAACACCGUUGAAUACAACUCCCAUCCCAGCCAACAUGACCUCCCCACCACUCAACGCGACUUCACCUGCAGCCAACAUGACCUCACCACCACUCACUGCAACUUCACCACCAGUAAACAUAACCUCACCACCACUCACUGCAACUUCACCACCAGUCAACAUGACCUCACCACCACUCAAUACAACUUCACGACCAGUCACCCUUACAUCACAACCAGUUAA